AGUUGAGGUGGUGAGACUAAAGCGCUAAAAGACGCGCAACCUUGGCAAUAUCAGGAUACAUUUUACCACAUCUGCUAACCAUGGCCAGGUCGCAGUGAGCUGUCAAAAUGCCCUUACCCACAGUGCAUUGUUUUUCCUUAGCCUCUUGCAAUCGGAUGGAGCUCAUAGACAGUGAAAAGAGGUAGUCCUACGUCUGCAUCCCUUGCUGCCUCCUCUGCCUCCCUCCCCCUCCUCGCUCAGGCGCUGCCUUAUCCACUCGGCUUGUUAUUACACUGAAAUCGGUUUUUUUUUUUGCUACAGUACAAGGUUUGCAUGGACAAUGAUGCAAUCAGCUGAGGAUAUGUUAUUAUAAUACGGACGUGUAUGUUAAGAGUGUGCCAUUCAAGACAGCGAUAAUAAGAGUGGUAACGGGAAGUCAAAGGUCCCCACAUUGUACCGCCAGCCCACCUGCUGACCAGGCCACUUACAUGCGUCUCCCUGUGUCAGACUCAAACACCAGAAUGAACUGUGAGCAGGACUUCGGAGAAGGGGGCAUGAAUGUGACCCUCACUCUCAGGCUGCUCAUGCAUGGGAAGGAGGUUGGAAGCAUCAUAGGGAAGAAAGGAGAGACUGUCAAGCGAAUACGGGAAGAGAGCAGUGCCCGCAUCAACAUCUCGGAGGGUUCUUGUCCAGAACGGAUUAUAACCAUCACAGGCCCCACUGAAUGCGUGUUCCGAGCCUUCACCAUGAUCACAGUCAAACUGGAGGAGGACCUUACUGCUCUUGUGGCCAAUGGUACAGUCUCCAGCAAACCUCCAGUCACCUUACGACUGGUUAUUCCUGCCAGCCAGUGUGGCUCACUCAUUGGAAAGGGUGGUUCAAAAAUCAAGGAGAUCAGAGAGAGCACAGGAGCUCAGGUACAGGUAGCUGGAGACCUCCUUCCAAACUCCACUGAGAGAGGUGUCACAAUAUCUGGCACACAGGACGCCAUCAUCCAAUGUGUCAAACUUAUCUGCACUGUAAUAUUGGAGUCCCCCCCAAAAGGAGCUACUAUUCCAUAUAGACCAAGCCCAACACCUGGAGUGCUUCUUGCUGGAAAUCAGGUACACGGAUUUACCCAGGUGUUUGAAAGCUCUGAAUUUGGGUCACAUCCUCUUUUAUCAGUCACGCAAGGGGGUCUGGAUCUGCAACAAGCAUACACAUUACAAAACCAAUAUGGCAUUCCACACUCAGAGGUGGCUAAACUGCACCAGUUGUCCAUUCAACAGGGUAUUACCUCCAUGGGCCAGCCUGUCCCUCCAAUUCUGCCUGCAGUAGAGUCCAACUCCCAGUCCACGUCCCAGGAGCUCCUCAUUCCAAAUGACCUUAUUGGGUCCAUCAUUGGCAGACAAGGAACCAAAAUCAAUGAAAUCCGGCAAGUUUCAGGGGCACAGAUCAAGAUUGGUAGCCAGCUGGACAGUACCAGUGAUCGGCACGUCACCAUUACAGGCUCCCCCAUCAGCAUCAACCUGGCCCAAUAUCUCAUCACCUCCUGUUUAGAGACCGCCAAAUCCACCGCCCAGUCCUCUUCCAUGUCGACCCCUGUUGACCUGAACAUGAGCUUCACCCAGCCCACCUCCCCUGCUUCGUCCUCUACUGCAGCACUGGCAGCGAUGGGUGGUCUGCCCCAUGCUCCAAUCCUGGGUACCCCCUAUGCCUUUCCCCUCUCCAGCCUCCUAGGAAUGAAAUCCGUCCCCCUCCUGGCACUUUCCACCCCCACUGCCACAGCAGCCGCUGCAGCCCCCACACAUGGGACCCUGGCAUCCUACACCGCCAAAAUAUCCUCAGCCAAUGGGAUCAAGAAGCCAGAAAGACAGAAGUUUGCACCUUACUGAUGUCUACACCUACUCUUACCUUCCUGGUCUUAUCACAUCCACGUUUCUCCUCUUCUCCUGACCCCAGCAGGUGAAGUGUUGGAACCAGGGUGCUUUUCUGUGGCGCUUCCUUACUCUUCAUCUACUGCAGCCAUUGUAGUCAACCUGAGACAAUGCUAUCAGUCCUUAUCUUUACUCUUAUUUCCAAAGGACUGUAAAACAACAGUGGCUAACAUAGACAGAAAUAAUGUUUUCUGGCUAAAAAGCCUCUAAAGCCAUAAAUUGAUCCUUCUAACUUCCCUCUCAACACCUCAGUUUUCCCCAAAUCUACUGUCUCUAUUGAUCUUAUUUAUUGAUAUUAAUGUAUUAUCCCCUUACUAUUUAUGACACUAGUGACUGAUGUGCAACUCUCUAUAUCAGCUUUUUAUGAUUACAGCGCCAUUCCCAUUUAUUGGCACCCCUGGUAAAAAUGUGCAAAAAGAGGUAGUAAAAAUAAUGUUUUGCCGUUUUUAUCUUAGUUUGAACAAUGAGGAAAAAUUCAACCUUGAAUGGAAGCAAAUUCAGUGUGAGAAAAAAUUCUAGUCCUAACGAAAAAAUCCAUAGCAAAAUA